CCUCAGGUGGGACCCUUUGCUGGUUGGUCUCUGCCUAGCAUGGGGGGGCUUUCUCCCCGAAAAAGCAGCGUGCUGGAACUUGGCCCCACAAGAAGCAUUCCUCAACAGAAGCAGGUUUGAGGGACCCAAUCUUAGGGCGACUCUCCUGGCUGAAGCUUCACAUCCUUCCUGCUUCCUAGGUUAAGGCAGGAUCAGCCUUCCAAAUGUUCGCUGGUGCUCAGCCAGGGCCCCACCUGAGAGAACAGAAUGCUUAAGUUCAGGCCUGGGGCCUGUGAACGCCCCCACACGUGGCCCACCCGAUACCGCCACCUCCUCAUAACCGUGUGUGGGCAGGACACCAAACAAUGCCAGUAUGGACAGAAUAGCUUAUGAUGCUUAUCCCCACCCACCACUUCCGAGACAUUGAGCGGAAGCCAGAAUACCUCCAGCCGGAGAAGUGCGUCCCACCUCCCCACCCCGGUCCUGUGGGAACCAUGUGGUUUAUCCGCGACGGCUGUGGCAUUGCCUGUGCCAUUGUCACCUGGUUUCUGGUCCUUUACGCGGAGUUUGUGGUCCUCUUUGUCAUGCUGAUUCCAUCCCGAGACUAUGUGUACAGCGUCAUCAACGGAAUCGUGUUCAACCUGCUGGCCUUCUUGGCCCUGGCUUCCCACUGCCGGGCCAUGCUGACGGACCCCGUGAGAACCUGCACGGAAAUGGCCUUCACUUUGUUUGGGCGAGGCUCGCCUUUUCCUGAAAAGCUGGACAAGCCUGUUUCAGGCCGCAGCAAGUGCCUCUUGGGCGCGGUGCCCAAAGGAAACGCCACUAAAGAAUUCAUCGAGAGUUUACAGCUGAAGCCCGGGCAGGUGGUGUACAAGUGUCCCAAAUGCUGCAGCAUUAAGCCCGACCGAGCCCACCACUGCAGUGUUUGUAAGCGGUGUAUUCGGAAGAUGGACCACCACUGUCCCUGGGUCAAUAACUGCGUCGGCGAGAACAACCAGAAGUACUUUGUCCUGUUUACAAUGUACAUAGCUCUCAUUUCCUUGCACGCCCUCAUCAUGGUGGGAUUCCACUUUCUGCAUUGCUUUGAAGAAGACUGGACAAAUCAGCAACAAGCCUACAGACUGCCCAGGGAAGGGACAGCAGAGGCCCGAACCUCUCUUCAUGAAAUAAAGCAGCCCCUUAAAAGUUCCACAGAGUGCAGCUCCUUCUCGCCACCCACCACGGUGAUCCUCCUCAUCCUGCUGUGCUUCGAGGGCCUUCUCUUCCUCAUUUUCACAUCAGUGAUGUUUGGGACCCAGGUGCACUCCAUCUGCACAGACGAAACGGGAAUAGAACAAUUGAAAAAGGAAGAGAGAAGAUGGGCUAAAAAAACAAAAUGGAUGAACAUGAAAGCCGUUUUUGGCCACCCCUUCUCUCUAGGCUGGGCCAGCCCCUUUGCCACGCCAGACCAAGGGAAGGCAGACCCAUACCAGUAUGUGGUCUGAAGGACCCUGACCAGCAUUGCCCCUCAGACACAAACCACAUCACAGCACUACCGUCCCAUCCGUCCUCAUGAAUGUUUAAAUCGAAAAAGCAAAACAACUAUUCUAAAACUUUUUUUUUUUUUUUUUUUUACAUCUCAAGUAAAAUGGCUGAGCAUUGCAGAGAAAAAAAAAAUGUCCCCAUGUUUUAUUUUUAAAAGAUCAUCCUUUCUAUUUUUUGGUGACCGAAGCUGCUCUUUUUCUCCCCCCCUUUUUUAAAAUCACUUCUCUGGCCUCUGGUUUUCCUCUCUGCUGUCUGUCUGGCAUGACUAACGUGGAGGGUGCUGUCUCCGGGCCAAGCCCACCUCUACUAACUGAGUGAGACUUAACGCCGGUACGCGGAUGGACCGGCCCGGAUGCCCAGUUGGGGAUGCGUAGGAGAGGCAGGAAGGCCAUGACCUCCCACUGCCCAGGAGGCGGUGGCAGGCAGCCCGAUGGGACUUAAAACCUCACCGAAGACACCAAAAGAGGGGCAGGAUCAGGGCUGGAGCCCUAAGACGGGCCCUUGACACGGCGGCCUCAUCCCCCACGUGGACACGGUUUGCCUCCUCGCACGCCAUGGGAUUGGGGUGCUUAGAGUGACUUUUGGGGGGAGGGUGGUGGGAUCAAAGGGGUUUCAUUUGUAUUCUGAAUCACCAAUUAUAUUCCCGCUGAUUAUUUGGACGAAUGUGAAGGAGAGAAGUUUUUCCAGUUCAAAAUGCCUUACACAGUCAAAAGGAGAAAAAAAAUCACUCGAUUUCAGGUUUCCUUUGUCUGAUUACUCUUAGCACCCGCCCUCUCCCCUGUCCUAGCAAGGUGUCAGUUAAGCGGCAAUAAUGCUGAGUGACAGAGUGACACAGCACAGUCCCCUAGUGCCCAGCCCCGUCGUCAACCACCCCCCUCCCCUGAACCCAUUUUGUAAAUCGCUAAAGUGGGCUCCCUUUCUGAUAUUUUAGACACAUAAAUGUACACGUACCCACGUCUUCUCUGUAUUUUAACCUGGGAGGCUGUCGUCUUGGCCUGGGGCUGCCCACGAUGCGGGGGCGACAUUACAGCCCCCAGACUUUGGAAAGCUGGCAGACAGCCACCCCUGCUCCCCGGAAUCAUCAAUCGGCUGGCACCGGGGACUGAGGAGCGUUUCCACCUGGAGGCACUUCCUGUGUGAAACCCCAUUUAAAAGAGGAAGGCCUGAAGAUAGCGGGGAGAUGAGACGGGGACGGGGAGUGCCCGCCGCAAAUGCAGAAAUCACAGACAUCUGAGCGCUGACCAUCUGUGAAUCCGUACACGUGGAUUUGGUUUUUGGGUUUUUUUUGUUUUUGUUUUUUUUACGUGAUCACCACGAAGCUCCUUUUUUAGCUUGUGCUUGGGGAGGGGCGGGGUAAGGGUUAUUAAGCCCAAUCAGGAUAGGGAGGAAAUUCCUCUAGCCUAUGUGAUUUUCCAUGAACAGUAAGUGGAGCGUGCUGCCUCUCUUCGAUUCUGUCCGUGCUUCCACAUGGAAACAAAAAUGCAAUAAAAUUUUUCCAAAACCUGUU